UCUUUCCAUAUACAGCUUUGUACAGAAAUUUGGUUCCUUAUAUAGAAUCUGCUUUGGUGUUUAUUUGUGCAUAUCUCUUUUUUAUUCUGUGUCUUGCGUCUAGCUUCCUUACAGUGACAUUAUGAGCACUUUCCCCCAGAUCCCCACGCCUGCCCAUACGCAAGCCGAAUCAAUGUUGUCUCGACAUUUUGGAAGGGAGACUGUGAAUUAUUUCUCCAGCUCCCCGCUGAACCGGUUGUCCUUCUUGCGCACGGAAUAUUCGUUUCUCUCGGCUGCAUUGAAACACCCUUCCACUCGUUUUGUUCUCUUGAAUAGCCUUGCGCCGUUGACCAAGACGCCCUCUGAGCUAUACCUUGCCCCGUAUACGGAUGUGCGCAAGUUGGUGCCCGAGGAUCUCUAUGACCAGUCCGAAGAGGAAACGAUCAAGAACUUCGACUCCCGCAAGACGAAUCCGCAUGUCAUUUUCCUCGGAAUGGACGAGAGCCGGAAGGCUGACAGCCUGACCUGGAAGAUAUACUCCGGGACACCGUACUUUGCCGUGGAUGUGACCCCCAAGGGGUCCGAAGAGCAGCAGACCCACGCAAAGGAUGUCAUCAGCGCCUUGGAAGCAAAGGGAUUGAGUUUCCUUCAAACUAGGGUGGUCAUGACUCUUUCUGCCGAUGAAGCUGCCAUUUACGCACAAGCCCGCGCGCUCGCUGACUGGAACACCCGGAACAGUUUCUGCGGUACCUGCGGCAGCCCUACCCUCUCCGUAAACUCCGGAACCAAACGUGCCUGCCCACCAACGGAUGCUGCUUUCGCAGCCCAAGGAAAGUCGCCAGAGAAGCCAGUCUGCAACACACGUACUACUAUAUCAAACCUGUCCUUCCCGCGUACUGACCCAACCAUCAUCGUCGCUGUCCUUUCCUCUGACGGUAAGCGGGUUCUGCUCGGCCGCUCCAAGCGUUUCCCACCGAACUGGUACUCGACAUUGGCCGGUUUCAUCGAACCUGCAGAGUCAAUCGAGGAUGCCGUUCGGAGAGAGGUGUGGGAGGAGGCGGGCGUGCAGCUUUCGCGCGUUGUCAUCCACUCAUCGCAGCCGUGGCCCUACCCGGCUAAUUUGAUGAUCGGAGCAGUGGCACAAUGUAGCGAUCCAGCUCAUGAAACGAUUUGCUUGGAACACGACCCGGAGCUUGAAGAUGCACGGUGGUUCGAGGUUGAGGAGGUCGAGGAGGCUCUGAGAGUAGGAAUAAGUCCUUUGGGUGUGGAGGCUGGUCCUGAAUAUAAGGAAGGUGGCUUGCGACUGCCACCUCCGACGGCCAUCGCCAAUCAAUUGAUUAGAACAGCCGUUAGGGCUGAAUAUUUCGUGCCAAACAACGCGAGAAUUUAGAUAGUGUACAGACAGCGAAUAGACCUUGUUGCGCUUUGCAUGGAUUUGUACUCCUGAAGGAAAUCAGGGAAGUUGUUUUGAAAUAGCGUCAUCAAGGUCCUCUAACGGAUUAAACCCAAGAAUACAUUGUUAGCAAAGUUAUUCCUAAAAGGAAUUCAGAAUUAUUGAAAGUUAAUAGGUACAUAAUGGUAUCCAAAUGCAUCAAGACAGAAGAGCCCGGACCAGCUCUCCGUCCACUAAAGAUGCGCAUAAACAGUCCCAUCCCUGAGCUCAUGAAUACUCUCCGGAUCCGACGGCGACCCAAUCUCAGUAUACCUCCUCCCAUCCCUCAACUCAUGAAUAGUGAUCCUCCGAUGCGACUUCCUCCCCCGUCGAUCCCUCCGAGUUGAGUCACGACGCCCCUCACGGCCCGGAAAAUCAUCAAGACUAGCGGUAUCACUAGCCGCAACACUACUCAUAGGCGUCAUUUCCCUGC